GCGCGGCUGGGCUCGGCUGGGCGCGGAGCGGGCGCGGGGGAAGAUGGAAGGAGCGUCCUUCGGAGCGGGCCGGGCGGGGGGGGCCAUCGACCCCGUGGAUUUCCUGAAGCAGCCGCAGACCCUGCUCCGGGUGACCACCUGGAUCUUCUCCAUCGUGGUGUUCGGCUCCAUCGUGAACGAGUGCUACGUGAACAAGGACAGCCAGCACCCCGAGCUGCUCUGCAUCUUCAACGAGAAUGAGAGUGCCUGCAGCUACGGCAUCGCCGUGGGCCUCAUCGCCUUCUUCGGCUGCAUCUUCUUCCUGGUGGUGGACCUGUACUUCCAGCAGAUCAGCAGCGUCAAGGACCGCAAGCGCGCCGUGCUGCUGGACCUGGGCUUCUCAGGUUUCCUGGCCUUCCUGUGGUUUGUAGCUUUUUGCUUCCUGGCAAACCAGUGGCAGAGGACGACGCUGACCAGGGGCUUCUCGCAGGGCGCCGACGCGGCGCGGGCGGCCAUUACCUUCUCCUUCUUCUCCAUCAUCAUCUGGGUGGUGCUGGCGCUGCGGGCGCUGCAGCGGUACCGCCUGGGCACGGACAUGUCCCUGUUCGCCACCGAGCAGUUCGGCACCGACCCCGGCGCCUCCUACCCCGGCUACCCCGGCGGCAGCGGCGUGGAGAGCACGGAGACCUACCAGAGCCCGCCCUUCACCGAGACCUUAGAGCCCAACCCCAAAGGUUACCAAGUGCCAGCGUACUGAGGGGCCGCGGCGGUGCCACCCCCGCCCGGUCCCACCAAUGUGUCCCAGCCCCAUCUCCUUGCCGUGGCGAGUCAGUGCCGGGUCCCUUUAUUAGCUCGUUGUGCAGUGAAUUCUGUACAGUGGUAUUGGUUCUUGUCUUACCUGUCCCAGGGUUUCUAAAAGCAGUGUUCCCUCUAAGCCAGGAGGAAGGAAGGUUGGUACCACAUCACCUACACGUGGGGAGGAGGAGGAAAUGCCCCCUCUGAGCUCUGCUGGGAAAGCCCAGGACACCUUUUCCUCUCAGAAAACAGCAGCUGAGGAAUUAUUAUCUCGUUCUUCCAGAGCUAACACAGAAUCCAUCGAGGGUGGGUGGGCAGCGGGGAGAGCUGACCCUGUCUGCUCCUGCUGUGGAGCUUCCAGUCCAGGUUCCAUGGAAAGUGCCAAAUUCACAGGGAAAUCAGCGGUGUCUGUGUUAUUUUUCUUUGUAUAUAUUUGCUGUACAAAACAAAUAGCCAAACAGGUGUUUCAAAGCUUGGUUUAGAGGCACAGGGGGGGCCCAGCAGGCUGGGGUUGGGAUCAGUAUCCAAAUUGCUUCUACACAUCACCAGGUUCUGGCUGAGCAUUUAAGAAGUUACUGUUUGACAGUGGACACCAGCAGGAGCUGGUGCCAGCUGGGAACAGCCCGUGAGCAGUGGGAAUGAGGCGCUUUGUGGCUCUGUUUCUCAUGGGGGAUUGGGAAGUUUGUAAAUUCCUAAGGAAUUUUUGGUUGGCUGCACUGACAUGUGCUCACCCUGGGGAGGUGAGGACCAAGGUGAGGGGCUCAGCCUCAACAUCCAAGGCUGUUAGGAGUGAUGUUGGACCUGUGUUUUUAUUGUGGGAGCAGCCACCAUCUGUCAGCUGCAGCAGAACCCCGGUGGGGACACGUGUGUCACCUACAGCCUCCAGGAAUGAGGGAGUUGGGCAGGGAGCUGGGAAGGCUUCCCAGGCCUUUGGAGUCCAUCCCGAGUGGGCUCACGGCCGUGUUUGGGAAGGGAGGCAGCGAAAAGCACCCGGGAAAGAGGCUCAGGUUGGGGGCUGAGCUGCAAAGAACAAAGAGCAGAACGUGUGAAAUGCAGUAGGUCCUUGCCAGCCACCUGCCAGCUUCCCCUGCCCGUGUGGCAGCUGAUCCAGGCCGUGUCACCAAGGGCUGAGCAGAGGAGCUGGAACUUGAAUUCCCCGCGCCGUUGGUGGCAGCUCCACCCCUGGGGACCCCCGGCAGCCCGGGGUCCUGCCUUGCCUGACCACUGCCUUCCGACCUCGUGAGCAGCAAUAGCCACCAGCUGUCCCCUCCUGUCACAGGCCCUGGCGCCACCGCCACCGCUCGUUCCCGCCGCCGGGCCGCAGAGCAGUGCGCUAAUUAACGAGCGGUGGAUAAAUGCACUAAUUAAGCAGCCAAUCGUCCCAGAGGUCACUGCCGGUGGUGAAGUGCAUUCCUUGCCUUGGCUCCAGGUUCUGGCUGUGCCCAGCUCCUCACAGGUGCCUGACCAUGGACAGCCCAGUGCAGCAUCAGCCUCAGUGAAUUCCGGGAUCUCUGUGGUUUUGUGGAGUCAGUUUUGCUGGGAAAGAAAAAAACCCCGAGGAUUUUAAUACAGGGUAUGGUAGAACUGUAGCAAUAUUUUCCUUAGAGGGAACACUGAAACUUUAGCAGCACAAACAGUACUUGUGUUAAUAUUUUAGCAAAAUUAUAAUCAAUUUAAAUGUUUAAAUUGAUUGUACGUGAGAUAAUGUUCGUUGGGUACAGUGUAUUUUUUCUAACUAUAAUAUAACUGUUCCAGAGUUUCCGUGUAACUGUAAAGAGCUAAAGCUGUGUCUGCCUGCGGGACACAUCCUGCCCCGUGUGCCCCCUGUGCUGAAUAUUACACGCUCUGAAUGUCCCCCGAGGCCUGCAUUGCCUUUCUUUGCCCCCACACGCACAUCCCACCACGCCCCGACCUCUGGGGCAGCAGCAGGGACACAGGGACCACACCAGCUCAGCUCCUGGUGCUUCCCGAGGGUUGCUUCAGCUUCCCAAAGUCAGGGGCAGCUUCUCCUUCUCCAGCUGCUCUGCUGGGCAGGGAGGAGGAGGAAGGAUUGGGUGCCUGAGGGGCGUCCUGGCAGCACAGGAGAUGCCCCUUGAUUAAACCAGAGCUGGGAAUAACACGGCCAUCAUCACUCAGCAGGCACCUGGAGGGAGGUGAGCCCUGAUCCUCCAGUCCCAGGCAGUGCAGGGGUGGCACUGGCACGGGCAGGAGCCCAAAGCUGGAGCAUUUUUCCAGUGAAUGGUGCUGGCUUCGUGUCCCAUGUGGCCACUCCAAGGCCGUGUCACCAGGCAGGAAGGGACAACCCCAAACUGCCUGGCCGUGGAGAGCCUUCACCCACCUCAGCCUGACUCAAACAACCCCAGUUUGGAGUUUGUUGGUGCAGCUCCCCGGCCUCACGGAGCCCUGGCCCUGCUGAGCUCAGCCCCGCUCAGAGGGAGGGUGACAGCCGUGCCUGGAAUCCUGCCCCGAAUCCCUUGGGAGCCCCAGAGUGUCCCCAGAGCCGCUGGGUGUCACCGGAGCCCUGUGGUGGCUGUGGCAGCCCCUCGGUGUGUCCCUCAGGCAGGUGGGGCAGUGCUUGCAGAGCCAGAGCCGUGGCUGUGGGGUGCUGGGGGUUCAGGUGUUUGUAACAUCCAUUUUCAUCUUUUCUCCUCCUUUUCUCCCAGCUGUGGUACAGCAGCACUCUCCCCCUUGUAACCACCCAGGCCACAUCCUAAGGGGCUGUGCCAAAUUUGUCCCCAAACCGUGCCAGGAUUGUCCCUGAGUGUGUCAGGGCUGUGCCAUCCUCACAAGCUCUGUUCUCCCCAGAGGUCAACAGCACCUCCAGCUCACAGAGGGCAGGACCUCGCUGUGCUCAGCCCAGCCCAAAAGCCUCUGCACAGUGUUAGCACUAACUUUGGGUGUGAAGAGUGGAAUUCCAGCAUUCUGCCUUUCCUGGAGCUGCAUUCUGCCCUCUCCUCUGCUCCAGGAGGCUCUGUCACCACACUGCUGUUUCUCAGCACUGAAGUAACCACAUCAUGCAUUGUGCAGUUCAAGUACAUUAAAAGAUUUGGAAUUUUUGCCAACAUUCCAAGCUGUUCUUAGCAAAGGUGGAAGCUCUGCUUUGCGAUGUUCAGUAGAAAAUGUUCCCCCCCUGCAGUGCCUGCUCUGUGUCAGGGGCUGGAGCAGACCCUGAGAGCAAAGCCCUCCCUUACAGGACAGCAUUUGGGGUCUCACUGCUCUUGUGCCUGGACAGGGGAGGAGAUUCCCCUCAGUUCAUGCCACAACAACGGGUGACACCCACAGCAUUUCUCUUCUGCUGCCCCUCAGUCCCUACAGGGCUGUUCUGGACCUCCCCUCCAGUGCCAGCCCCCAGCGGCUCCUGGCUCUGCCUGCUGCCCUCCCCAUCCUGGGCCAUUCCUUAGGAAUUCCCAUCAUUAUUCCAUGCAGUGGGUAUUUAUUCCUCCCAGUAAGAACUGGUUUACAUUCUACAGGCCCCUCCCAGCCCGUGCUAUCCCCAGGCAGUGGCUCUGGUCCCCGGUCCCAUUCUCAGUUGCAUUUUGCCCUCUGUGUGUCCCCAGCCCCUCUCCCCCCUCGGUGAGGCUCAGCCCCAGCCCUCACUGCCUCAACUUGAACCCCAGUUCAGCUGCCUGGAUUUUGUUGCAAUACACAUUCAAACCUCAGCUCCUUUAAGAGUUUUAAUCUCCAACAGCUCCCACCUGAGCGUUGGGAAGUUCAGUUUCUUUGCAGAUACCUCUGUCCAAGCAGACGCUUCCAGGAGUUGCAGUUGUCACCAACCUCUGUGCAGUGUAGUAUAAAGUGGACUGUGUAUGGAAAUAAGUUAAAAAUGUUUACAAUUUUGUAUAUAUUAUAUAUAUAAAAAAAUAUCUUUUGAGAGAACAAUCU